GGAGCGAGCAAAGAACACCCUCUCUCUCUCUCUCUCUCUCUCUCUCUCUCUCUCUCCCCUCAUCUGAGCCGAAAGUGACGAACCAAUGAAAACAAACAACAGCAACAACAGCAUCAUCAGCAACAGCAAAACCGUAUGAAUCCGAAAGCAAAACCAAGAAAAGCAAACCAAAACCAGAAACAGAGCAAAACACAAUAAUAGUGCUUUCCCUUUUCUUCUUCUUCUUCCUCCAGCUCCAAAGCCUUCAACUUUCAGCUCCCAAAACCCAAAUCCCACACACAAAGACCAUGCUGCUUCAGCCCUUUAAAUCGUAGAAAAUGUCUCAGGGGUUGGGUAUGGAAGCCAUCGAAAUCGGCCAGACGGUGACGUUUCUCUGGUUCUCAGGCCGUAGUACAGAGAUCGGCUUCAACCCGGCUGGGUGUAUAGGGAAUCGUUCCACUAACUGAGUCCACUGACUCAGUAACUCGUCCUUCGUCGGUAAACGCUUUUUGGGUAGUGGUCUUUUGGGGAGCGGAUCGGUUGUGUUUGCUGAUCUCGAAAGAUUUGUACAGCUUCUUUGUGUUCGGUGCUAACUCCGUUCCAGCUAAGGAUAGUGCUUUCCCUUGUUGGUUUAUCUCUAUCCUCGAAAAGUUUAUUUAUUUCUAAGUAUUUAGUCAUCGAGUUCUGCAAGUUAGCACAUUUGGUUGAGACCCAGUUGCCGUUUUGGUGCUCUGAGGGUUUGGGAAUUGGUUUGGAUUUCUGGGUUUGGUGUAAUUUUCUGUGGUUUGGAAGUGGUUUCUGAGCUGAGAAUUUGGAAAUGGCUAUGUCCUGCAAGGAUGGUAAUAAGCAUGCAUUGGAUAAUGGCAAGUAUGUGAGGUACACACCUGAGCAGGUUGAAGCCCUCGAGAGGCUUUAUCAUGAUUGCCCCAAACCCAGUUCGAUUCGCCGCCAACAGCUUAUUCGGGAGUGCCCGAUUCUCUCCAACAUCGAACCGAAACAGAUUAAGGUCUGGUUCCAGAACAGAAGAUGUAGAGAGAAGCAGAGGAAAGAGGCUUCACGCCUCCAAGCUGUCAACAGGAAGCUCAGUGCUAUGAAUAAGCUACUAAUGGAGGAAAAUGAUAGGUUGCAGAAGCAGGUGUCUCACUUGGUGUAUGAAAAUGGUUACUUCCGUCAGCAUACCCAGGGGACAACGCUUGCAACCAAAGACACGAGUUGUGAAUCAGUGGUGACGAGUGGCCAACACCAUUUGACACCUCAGCAUCCGCCAAGGGAUGCAAGUCCUGCAGGACUUUUGUCCAUUGCAGAAGAAACUUUAGCAGAGUUUCUUUCAAAGGCAACUGGAACUGCUGUUGAGUGGGUCCAAAUGCCUGGAAUGAAGCCUGGUCCGGAUUCCAUUGGAAUCGUUGCUAUUUCUCAUGGUUGCACUGGAGUGGCAGCACGAGCCUGCGGCCUGGUGGGUCUAGAGCCUACCAGGGUUGCGGAGAUCCUCAAAGAUCUGCCGUCGUGGUUGCGUGAUUGCCGCGCUGUAGAUGUUUUAAAUGUAUUGCCUACAGCUAACGGUGGAACCAUUGAGCUGCUCUACAUGCAGGUAUGUGCGAGAUCUCUGAAAAACACUCAGAAUGGUCCAACCAUGCCUCCAGUGCAGCACUUUGUCAGAGCAGAAAUGCUGCCUAGUGGAUACCUUAUACGACCCUGUGAAGGGGGUGGCUCGAUUAUACAUAUCGUUGAUCAUAUGGAUUUAGAGCCUUGUAGCGUGCCUGAAGUCCUGCGCCCAUUGUAUGAAUCAUCUGCUGUUCUUGCUCAAAAGAUGACAAUGGCGGCUUUACGUCAGCUGAGACAGAUAGCGCAUGAGGUUUCUCAAUCUAAUGUCACAGGUUGGGGAAGACGACCUGCAGCUUUACGAGCAUUAAGCCAGAGGCUUAGCAGGGGUUUUAAUGAUGCACUUAAUGGAUUUACCGAUGAGGGUUGGUCCAUGAUGGGAAAUGAUGGCAUGGAUGAUGUUACUAUCCUCAUAAACUCGUCUCCUGACAAGCUGAUGGGCUUAAACCUGUCCUUUGGUAAUGGAUUCCCAGCUGUCAGUAAUUCUGUCUUAUGUGCUAAAGCAUCCAUGCUGUUACAGAAUGUGCCCCCUGCUAUCCUUCUUCGGUUCCUGCGCGAGCACAGAUCAGAAUGGGCAGACAACAAUAUUGAUGCUUACUCAGCUGCAGCUGUUAAAGUCGGUCCUUGUAGCUUAGCUGGGUCUCGAGUUGGUAGUUUUGGAGGUCAAGUUAUACUCCCUCUGGCUCACACUCUUGAGCAUGAAGAGUUCUUGGAAGUCAUUAAAUUGGAAGGCGUUGGCCAUUCUCCUGAAGAUGCAAUGAUGCCAAGAGAAAUGUUUCUCUUGCAACUAUGCAGUGGAAUGGACGAGAAUGCUGUGGGUUCCUGUGCUGAACUCAUUUUUGCUCCAAUUGAUGCUUCUUUUGCUGAUGAUGCACCCCUUCUACCUUCUGGGUUUCGCAUCAUUCCUCUUGAUUAUGGGAAGGAAGCUUCCAGUCCAAAUCGCACCUUGGACCUUGCAUCUGCUCUUGAAAUUGGGCCAACUGGAAAUAAAGGAUCUAGUGAAUAUUCUGCAAGUGCUGGUUGUGUGAGAUCUGUCAUGACUAUAGCAUUUGAAUUUGCUUGUGAGACCCACAUGCAAGAGCAUGUAGCAUCCAUGGCCCGACAAUAUGUUCGCAGCAUUAUAUCUUCAGUUCAGAGGGUGGCAUUAGCUCUCUCUCCUUCAAAUUUGAGUUCACAGGCUGGUCUUCGGUCACCACUUGGUACUCCUGAAGCGCAAACACUUGCUCGUUGGAUCUGCAACAGUUACAGGUGCUAUCUGGGUGUGGAGCUGCUCAAAUCGGGCAAUGAAGGAAGUGAAUCCAUCCUCAAAUCUUUGUGGCAUCACUCCGAUGCAAUUAUGUGCUGCUCUCUGAAGGCAUUGCCAGUUUUCACCUUUGCAAACCAGGCAGGGCUUGACAUGCUGGAGACCACCUUGGUUGCGCUGCAAGACAUAACUUUGGAGAAGAUAUUUGAUGACCAUGGACGAAAGACUCUGUGCUCGGAAUUCCCCCAAAUAAUGCAACAGGGUUUCACUUGUCUUCAAGGUGGCAUCUGUCUUUCGAGCAUGGGGCGACCAGUGUCAUAUGAGAGAGCAGUGGCGUGGAAGGUGUUGAACGAAGAGGAGACGGCUCACUGCAUGUGUUUCUUGUUUGUAAACUGGUCUUUCGUCUGAUAUCAGGACCAGGUCACUAAGACUAGAAGAUAUAAUGUAAUAGGCUUGAAAAGAGGAAGACUUUGAACCUUUCAUGUUUAAACCAUCUCCUGUCCUUUUGGUGUGAUUAAAAAUGUUGUAUGGAUGUUAAGACUUAAGUUGUGUUAGCUUGUUGCGUACCCUAUAAAUGCUUUGGAUCUGUCCUG